CCAUCUUUCGUUUACAACUGCUGACGCUCUGUCACAUGAUCAUUCUGAGUUUGAGAACUCGCUCGCCCUACCUAGCUGCAUGUUGAGUAAGAUAACUUCUAUUCUGUACAUGAAGAUAAUGAGGGUCAUGUUUACCUUGCUGAUGUUGGCAGUUGUCUCCCCUUGCUGUGUUUUGGGAUUCUCAUCCUACCAGACACUUAUUCCAAAUGGAGGUAUGAUCCGUGACCCUUGUGAUGGACAGACCAUAUGGCAAGGCGUUGGUCAUCAGGCUAUGGAUGGUGCUGGGCCCAGGAACCCUUUCGGAGUUGACUUCUACAAUAAUGGGAGGAAAUGGAACCGUACCAUGUGUGAGAUGGACUCAGAUGGAGAUGGAAUCUCGAACGGGGCUGAGCUUGGUGACCCCCUCUGUGUAUGGAAUCCGGGUUCGAAUCCAACUAACACGCCCACUGGUCAUCCUGGAGUAUGUGAACCAUGGAGCGAUCCGAUGUGCUUACAAAAGAAUACGUUUCAUAUUUGCCAAACACAGGAACUCGAGUGUGACGCCAUCAACAGUCCGGACGUCCAAGAGUUCCGUGUCACCUUUCCAAGUACAGACGUUCCUGCACAGGAAACAACAUAUAUGUGCAUGAAUUUUGCCUUGCCCGCAGACCAGGACUAUCACGUGAUCGCUGAUAAAGGUUCAAUUGACAAUGAAUUCGUCAUGCAUCACAUACUUAUUAUCGCAUGUGAAACUGGAGUUGAAUCCUAUGAUCUUGUCAAUCCAUUGAACACCCCUUAUGUCUGUGGUAUGGCGGGAGAACGUCAAUGUCAGCAAAUAAUUGCCAUGUGGUCCGUUGGCAUAUCUGGUGUCUGUCACAACGAAAACGCUGGUUUCAGGAUUGGACCAACUGGAUACAAAUAUGGGACAAUGCAGAUGCAUUGGAACAAUCCAUCGUUGAGAAGUGAUUACGAAGACAGCUCCGGAAUGACCCUGUACUACACUCCAGUAUUACGGCCUUAUAAUCUCGGAAACUUGAUGAUAGGAGAAAGGCAAUUCAGUAUCCCACCCGGAGAAUCCCGUCAUGUCAUAGAGUCCGAGUGCAGUUCCACGUGCUCUGAUCGAAUCAUGACAAGCUCUGUUUACAUCAUCACUGGUUUAAACCACAUGCAUUACAUGGGAAGAGAAAUGACUACUUUCCAUACUCCUGCUGGUGGUGUGGAGCGGGCCAUAGUGGCUGACCCUCAUUAUAGUUAUGAUAACCCUGUAAUCCACACUUUCCAGACUCCAUUGGAAGUCAAGCCUGGCGACGUGUUAAGUUCAAAAUGUUCUUACACCUCAUCACAAAAAAACAAAACAACCUUCAGCGGAGAAGCAACUUCUCAGGAAAUGUGUUACGCAUUUUUGCUUUACUAUCCAAAAGAAUCUAUCAAGUCACCCCGUUGCCUUACCGUGAUGGGUUUACCAAGUUGCUCCAUAGAUCAUGAAGCUGACGUUUUAGACGGAUGCCAACUCAAGUCUUUCCUGAACAACGCAGCGUUCUUUCAAGACAUGUUUCUGGAGCUUACUCAACGAUGUGAAAACUUCAUAUGCCGCAAGGAAUGCAAAACCUACAUCCAUGAAUUAAGACAGAACCCCUGUUUACAAGGCAAGGUAAAAGCUUAUGUCGAGCGUGUGGUCAGCUUUCGUGCCAGUGUAAAUGAGAUGGCCCUCUACCAUUCAUGUAAUGCCGAGCUCGCUCUUGAGGCUGUAGGACCGUGCACAUGUACAACAGAGCCACUGGGGCGAUGUGUAGAGUACACUGGAGCGGCUGUUUCUCAACAGACGUCGCUUUAUCUGCUUCUGGUAGCGAUGACUACAAUACAUUCAUUUUAAUACAAAUGUUUCUCUCUUGAUGUGACAACUUCUUUAUGUACAAUUCGUCAUUAUAGAUGAACAUUAAAACAAUUUUAAUUUCAUGUCUCGUAUUACGAAAAACGCCGAAGUACCCAAUAAAGACCUUAAGAAUUCGGAGAAAUAAUUUAAUUUUGCCUAUCUCCUCCAUAUUAUUUGUUUUGAUAUGUAUCGUGUAUACCUAAAAAGAAAAACAA